AUGCUUCACAUUCCACUGGAUUCCAAAACGCCACGUCGGGUCAAGGCCCAGACAGGAGGAGACGUCUCGCUGGAAGAUUGCCGUAACUGCGUCACCUUUUCCGUCAACGAAUCCUUAAAGCGGUGUCCAAUUCAGAGCGAGGUCGUACUCUAUUACGACAAGUGUAUGCUAAGACCAUGUUUAUUGCAGAUGGAGGAAGCACAAACCAUGCUAAGCAAUGUUAUUAUCCCAACUAACCAACAAGAGGAGUACCGAGAAUUGGUUUUGUCCAUGAUGAACAACGCAGCCGUUGAAGCGGCUAGUUCCAGAAAGUUCGGUGCGAGAGAAGCCAACUUUACUGCAUUUAAGGUGUACGGACUUGUUCAGUGCACCCCUGAUCUGACGACUCAAGACUGUUUGCUUUGUUUGGAAACGUCCAACAAUCAAUUACCCACUACCAGAACUGGGGCAAGAAUUCUUUUGCCGAGCUGUAAUUCAAGAUACGAGACUUAUCCAUUUUUCAACAAAUCCACGGCCAGCACAUUUUCAUUACCACUACCUCCACCGGUUUCUCCUCCCCAACCUGAGUUUUCAAACGCAAGGAAAAGUAGGAGUUCAUCUGUGUUAGUGGUAGCCAUUGUUGUACCUGUUAUAGUGGUUGUUCUACUUUUCAUAGCUGGAUACUGUUUCCUUGCAAAGAAGGCAAAGAAGACAUACGAGACAUCACCCACAUUUAAUCAUGCGGAUGAUUUAACAACUAUAGACUCGCUGCAACUUGAUUAUAGAACAAUUCAAGGUGCAACAAAUUAUUUUUCAGAGGAUAAUAAGAUUGGUCAAGGUGGAUUCGGUGAGGUCUACAAGGGUAUAUUUUCAAAUGGGACUGAAGUUGCGGUGAAGAGACUGUCAAAAUCAUCAGAACAAGGUGACACAGAGUUCAAGAAUGAGGUUGUUGUCGUUGCAAAGCUUCAGCACAGAAAUCUGGUUAGGCUUCUCGGAUUUUCGCUAGAACAAGAAGAAAGGAUAUUGGUCUACGAGUAUGUUCCAAACAAAAGCCUUAAUUACUUCCUCUUCGAGCCUGCAAAGCGAGGACAGCUGGACUGGACUCGACGAUACAAUAUCAUUGAAGGAAUUGCACGGGGGGUUUUGUAUCUCCAUCAAGAUUCAAGGCUUACAAUUAUACAUCGGGAUCUAAAAGCAAGUAAUGUUCUCUUAGAUGAGAAUCUGAACCCGAAAAUAGCAGAUUUUGGAAUGGCUAGGAUCUUCGGACUGGACCAAACCCAGGAAAAUACAAACAGAAUAGUUGGUACAUUCGGUUACAUGUCUCCCGAAUAUGCGAUGCGUGGCCAGUUCUCAAUGAAAUCUGAUGUCUAUAGCUUCGGAGUGUUAGUGCUUGAGAUUAUAAGUGCCAGGAAAAAUAACAGCUUCCAUGAGAUGGAUGAUUCACAUGACUUGGUCACAUAUGCUUGGAGGCUUUGGAACUCCGGAACAGCGUUAGACCUCGUGGAUCCAAUUAUCAUUGGAGAUUGCAGAAAGAGUGAAGUGGUUCGAUGCAUCCAUAUUGGUCUUUUAUGUGUUCAAGAAGAUCCUAUAGAUCGUCCAGCCUUGUCCACCAUAUUAGUGAUGUUCACUAGUGUUUCAAUGACUUUACCAGUGCCCCGGCGACCAGGGUUUUUCAAUCAUACUAGACCCAUAGACCCUCUUGAUUCAGAUCAAUCUACGAUGAGCAAGUCUGUUGCAGUGUCAACUGACGAUGCAUCAGUCUCUAGUUUAUGUCCUCGCUGA